CGGAGGGAAGCGGUUAGAGGUGGGAGUUGGCGUUGCGGGCCGGGCGGGGGCCGCGGAGCUGCGAUGCGGACGGGGCCGCGGCGGUGACCCGAGCUGCCGCCCGACAUGAACUCGCUGGAGCAGGCGGAAGCUUUUGGCGCCGGCUGAGGCUGCUGCUGAUUUUCCACAUACCAUUUUACGAAGCUCCUAAAAGUGAACCAGCCAGUUUCCUUAUAUGUGAAAUUGGAAUUAAAGAAACGUAAUGUUUCUGUCAAGUGCUUAAAGCUGUCCUAGUAAACGAAGUAAACAGUGCAGUGAUACAUAUCUCAAGGCUUUUGAGAGGAGACUUACAGAAUAUAUUCAUUGUUUGCAACCUGCCACUGGACGUUGGAGAAUGCUUCUUAUAGUGGUAUCUGUCUGCACAGCUACUGGUGCCUGGAACUGGUUAAUAGAUCCUGAGACACAAAAGACCAGAGACCUUAUCUUCACUCGUUUAGCAGUAUUAAUUGAGCAUGUACGUUUGCCAAGCACUAUUUCACAUACUGGAAGAACAGAGAUGCACAGGACCACGUCUACUCCUGUGGUGUCCUUCUUCACAUCUUUAUGGAAUCACCCAUUUUUCACUAUUAGCUGUAUUACUCUAAUAGGCUUGUUCUUUGCCGGAAUACACAAGAGGGUCGUUGCACCAUCAAUCAUAGCUGCUCGAUGUCGAACUGUAUUAGCAGAAUACAAUAUGUCUUGUGAUGAUACAGGAAAACUCAUUUUGAAACCUAGACCUCAUGUUCAGUGACAAUGUGCACUCAUUGUUAUGGGACCUAAAACAGCCUUUCUUCAAAUGAGUGAUACAGCAAAAAGCCAUAAAGGAUUCCUUUUACAGUUGGAUAUGUGAAGGUCAUAGCAACAACUGACAAGAAGUGUGCAAUAUUUACCCAGAUGAUCUCGAUGAUGAUGACUCGCCUCCCCCGUGCUUGGUACCUUUGAUUAUCUGUGUUACAGUGUUAGUGUCACUUUAGUACUUCAGACCCUGCAGCGACUUCUGCAGAUGAAGUAUGUCUAGAUGUUACUAAGUUAAACUUAGAAACAGAACCUCAUCCCAGUUUUUAUAAUGUAUUUUUGCAAACUACUGUAAAUAGCAAAUCAAUGCCAGUGUCAAAGA